GUGCCCGGUCAGACUCGGAUGUGGAUAUCAAACCUACGACACUCGAUAUAUCAAGUCUGAUAUUUUUCAUGACAUAUAAACCCAGCCAUGGUGUCUCUACCUAUGCAGCAGAUUGACGGAAAAUGCGUUGAUCAACGAAAACUCAUGUCCCUACUCCGAACCAUCUAUGGCAUUUCCAACGAGGGCAGGAAUAAUUUCUACGUCGAGUUGCGACUGAAUAAAUAUAAAAUCUACCGAGCGACCGACAGCCCUGCUCUCACCGAGGCGGAAAUCCGAGAUUGUCGAACGUAUCGCCGGUUGCUAUAACGAUAUAAUGAGGAGAUAUAUAUUUCUGUAUGUACGUUUUUUAGCAAUGUUCAGCUGGCUGGAUAUAAAAAUAGUAGGCUGGGUUACGAAUCAUGAUUUUGAUGAUGUUGAUGAUUUGGAUGGCAAAACACUUAUCUUUUUGUGUGGCUGUAAGGGGCGAAUUCGUAGGCACAC